AGAAUCCACCGACCCCGUCGUCCCCGCAGAAGAUAAACCCGUCCAUCGGAAGAUAACCCGAACCCUAAGAAUCGAAUCGAAUCGAUCGACCUAUCUAUCAAUCAUGGCGACGAUUAGCCUUCGAAAGGCGAACACCCGACUCCCACCGGAGGUGAAUCGGGUGCUGUAUGUGCGCAAUCUGCCUUUCAACAUCUCGAGCGAGGAGAUGUACGACAUCUUCGGUAAGUACGGCGCCAUCCGCCAGAUCCGCAUCGGCACCAAUAAGGACACCCGCGGCACCGCCUUCGUCGUCUACGAGGACAUCUACGACGCCAAGACCGCCGUCGACCACCUCUCCGGCUUCAACGUCGCCAACCGCUACCUCAUCGUCCUCUACUACCAGCAAGCUAAGAUGGCCAAAAAGGCCGACCAGAAGAAGAAGGAGGACGAGAUUACCCGGUUGCAGGAGAAGUACGGCAUUUCCACCUCUAAAGACAAGUAAUUAUUGGAAAGGCUGUAACCUUUUUAUAUGUUUACUCUACUUGUGAAAUCUGGGUUUCCGUCGUCGGUAACUGAUUUAGGUAUGUUGACCUGUUAUGAACUCGACCGCUGAGCUAUAAAUUGUAUGACUUAUUGUAGUUUCACUUGAAAAACAAAAGAAAAUGGUACUUUAGUGUA